AUGGCGACUGUUACGCAGAUUGAUACGAGGUCAGAGACCUUUGAGCUUCGUAGCUCACCCAGCCCGGUUCAGAAUGUACGCGAUGAUACUGAACCUCCGCGUUCAUCGAAACCGAGCACCAACGAACUCCUCAAGAUUCUCAGCGCUGGAUUCAGCUUCUUCGUCGCUGGCGUUAACGACGGAAGUAUCGGCGCUCUAGUCCCCCAUAUAAUCCGAGAUUACAACGUCACAACCGCAAUCGUCUCAUCAGUGUAA